GUUGGCUGGUUAUUAGGUUGGGCUCAGGUUAGCUGAAGAGUUAGGCCGAUAGCUUAGCUGCAAUGCUGCUAGUGUUGAGCAGUAGACACCGUCUGAUUGACUGAACCUGACGAAGCUACUGUGACUGACAGUAUUCCGCACUAAUCACCCGAAGCACGCAUGCCUUAGUGACCUUCUGGACUAGUUAAUCUCCGCUGGCUACUUUAUUCACACUAUAACGACUCAGUUAACGAUUCCUGACUACUCUGACCCCAUAACGACUCGUGCACUCCGUUCCCGGAGGCACCGAACAUCAGUAGCGAGCGUCACGCAAGGCGAGCACGCGGCACUUUUCAAGGAGAAAAUAUUUGGGCGUUCGCUAUUGAGUCGACUCUAACGAAGUUUACGUUCGUGCGUUCUUUCCUUCCUCGUUCCGACACGGCCCUCGCCAGCCGCGCUACCACCGCCACCAGGCGGAAGAAAAGUAACACACAACAGCCUUCUCCCCUACGUCCCCAUCUUCCCCCGCGCGCCCACCCGUCGCUCCGCCUUCCGCGACUGGGCAGUGCUUUCCCCAGCGACGCUGUCGCCAUCGGGGCUGCUUGUAACGGAGCCUGCGUGUAUGCUGGCGCGCCUAUCGAGGACAAGAUGAGCGCGGAUUCCACGCCGAGCGGGAGGAUGCCCGCUGGGGGGCUUGCGGGGGGGGUUGCGGGGAGCCUUGCGGGGAGCGAAGGUCCGCUGUACAUCGGCGGUGGGACCAGCCGCGAGGGCAGUACCAGCGGGGGGACAAGCCUUGUCGGCGGGGGAAAUCGCGGGGACGGGGGAAGCCGCGCGUUUAUAGAGGAUAUAGAGCGGGUGGUGUCGCGGUUAGAUACGUACGCGGAACUCUACCGCGUGCUGCGCGGGGAAGAGCAGAGCGCAGCGCAACGAUGGCGGGGGCGCAACGGCGGAAGAGGGCGGCGAGAUGUAAGGGGAGAGGGCGGCGGCGGAGUGGGGGGCUUCGGGGCAGACAUAAGGGGGGGGGGAAGAAGGGUUGGGGAAAGUAUGGCGGAGGGGAAGGCGGAAGGCGGAGCGGGAGGGAAUGGGGUUGGCGGAGGAGGCACAGCCCAAACUGCCGCUGGCGAUGGUGCUGCUUCUGAUGGUGGCCAUGGUGGCGCUAACGGUAGUGCUAACGGUAGUGCUAACAGCCAUGGCAACCGCAGUGGCAGUGGCAGUGGCAGUGGCAGUGGCAGUGGCAGUGGCAGUGGCAGUGGCAGUGGCGUGGAUGUUCGUGGCAGGGGAUCAGGCGAAGCGACCUUCCAACGAAUGCUGGGGGAGCGAGAGAAGGCGAGGGGGGCGAUGAGGGAGAGAGAGAGGAAGCGAGAGAAAACGAGGGAGAGGGAGAGGGAGAGGAGCGGGGAGGGCGAGGGGGGAAAGGCUCUUGUGAGGAUCAGGGAAAUGGCGAGAUGGAGGGAGGAAGGGCCUUCAAGGGAUGCGGAGGGGCCAGGAAUGGGAUUUGAGGUGCCUCUACCGGCGGGCUCUGAAAGAGAAAAGCAGGGGGGGAAGGAAGAGGCGGAGAGGGAGAAUGCAAGGAAAGGCGUGGAGGGAGGCAAGGACGCGACAGGGAUGGGUGGAGGAGAGGCGAAGGGUGGGGCUGGGGCCGAGGCUGGGGUUGAAGGGAGGGGAGAUGGUUGGGUGAGAGGUGGAAGUGCGGCAAGUGCAGCGAGGGUAGGAGGAGAGGAGAGGUACGGGGAGUUCAUAGCGCGGAUCAGAGAGUUCAUGGCGCAGAAGAGAUGCUCCCUGCCAGAUCCCCCUCCUCUUGCACUGCGCACUGCUCCCCCCCCCCCUGCUGCUGCUAAUGCGUAUGCUGCUGCUGCUGAUGGUGCUGAUUCUGCUGCUGACGAUGGUUCCACCACUGCCAUCGCUGCCGCCUCGUCCCCCAAACCAACCACCAGCAGCAGCAGCGGCAGCAGCAGCAGUCUCAGCAGCAAAAGCCACACGAUAGUAGGCUCGCUAGUUAAAGAACGGGAGACGCUGGGAAUGGAGCUGGAGGCGCGAAUCGAGACUAUAGAGAGAUUGAGAGGCGAGUUAGUGGUUCAGAGGCGAUUAGUGGAUCUGGCCUCUACGACCUACGAGCGCGAGUUAAGACGCGUGGCAAGGGAAGCAGCAGCAGAGAGAGAGGAGCUAGAGGAACGGCAGCGAAAGGCUGUGAGGGAACUGGAAGAGAGGUUGCGGCGACUGGAGGAGAGAGGUGCGAGGAGGGAGGAUGAUGAGAGGAGUAGUGGUAGUUGUGGUGUUAGGUUGACAGGUGCGGCAGGGAGGGGGAGUGAUGAUGCUGGUGGUGGUGCGGAAUUUACGGGUUUCUGGGGGUCAAAUAGAAGUGAAAAUCCGGUGGGCUUCUGGGAAAUGGGUUGGAAACUGAGGCUGGGGAGUGGGACUGGCGACAGUCACGGAGAGGGGGGGGGAGAAGGGGGAGAGGAAAGCAGGGAGCGGCGAGGAGAGGAGAGAGAGGGCCAGGGGGGAGGUGAGAGCUCGUAUGGAACGUUGGACUCCAGUGAAGUGACUCUGGCGGCUGGAAUAGGGGCAGUGCCUCGGGAAUGCCCUGAGGCGAUUUUUGUGUCGCCUCAAAAAUCACCUAGGGAAUGCCCUGAGGCGAUUUUUGUGUCGCCUCAAAAAUCACCUAGGGAAUGCCCUGAGGCGGCGAUCGUGGUUGGGCGAACUGAAGCGAUUGAGGGGAGUGCAGCUGGUGCUGAGAUAGGUGCGGUGGAUGGGGCGUGUGGUGGAGACGGGGGAUUGGAAGGGGGGAGGGGAGGAGGGGAAGGUUAUGGCGGUGGGGGUGGUACCGGGGGUGAAGGCUGGCGGAUUUGCAGGGGGAUAGCGGCAGGGCUGGGGAUGGAGGAUGGGGGGGAAUCACCGGGAACAGGUGAUAGAGGGUUAGACCCCCCGCAGCAGCAGCACGCAUUUGAGUCGACUCAAAAGCCGACCGCGGCAGCGCUGGGAAUGGGCGAUGGGAGGGAAUCACCAGGGACAGAUGAGGGAGGGCUAGACCUCGGGCAGCAGCACGGCUGGAGAGGGGGUGAGAGAGAGGCGCAUGCGUGGGCGGCGGCGUAUGAGAGGAGGUUAGAGAGGGAGAUAGGGGAGAGGGAGGAGCGGAUACGUGUGAGGCAGGCAGAGAAGGAGAGGCUUAGGGAGGAGAUAGAGAGGCAGAGGGAAGUGGUGGGGAGGCUGGGGCGAGAGCUGGAGGAGAAGGAGGGGAGGUGGGGAGGGGGGGUGCGGAGGAGUGGGAAGGAGGUUGAGGUGGUGGAGGUGGGUGGGAGCGGUGGAGGAAGGGGAGGGGAGAGGGUAGAGGGGGGAGGAGCAGAGAAGUUGCUGGGGGGGCGGCAGGGGCAGCAACGGAUGCAGAGCACGAGGCAGCACAGGGAGGAAGAGAAACAGGGUCAGAAGCAUAUGCAGAAGCAGCAGGAGCAGAGGGUACAGGCAGUAGCAGCAGCGGCAGCUGGGGUUAUGUCUGGUGGCAUGGGGUGGCCAGGCGUAGGGUUGUCCGGGCGAGGGAGGGAGCUGGAGCGGCGGGUGAGAGGCAAGGAGGCAGCGAUAGUGCAGGCAGCAGGAGCGGCGGGGAGAGGGCUGGUGGAGCUGUGGAGUGAGGCAGGUAGGAAGGACCAGGUGAUAGCCACCCUGGCUCAACAGCUGCUGCUGCACGCUGGGAUGGCAGGGGAUGACCCUUCCCUUGAUGCUUACUGCCCUGCAGUCUGCCCUGCUGGUUUUCCUGCUGGUUCCCCUACGGAUGCUGCUGCUGCUGCUGCUGCUGCUGCUGUGGCUGGUGCUGCGGCUGCUGCUGCACGGGGUGGUAGGUCCGUGGAUGGUGGCAGUGUGGGGCAGCAGGGAGGUGGGGCGACGAGGCAGCAGCGCAGCGAUGCCAUGGGCCAGCAGGCGCAGAGGCAGUCAGCCGGGUCAGCAGGGGUGGCUGGGCUGCCAGCGGUGCCAGGGCUGCCAGAGCUGGUAGCAGAGCUGCAGAGGCGAGCUGAGCGGGAAGAGAAGCACGCAGAGAGGCGGGCAGCAGCACGUGACGCACAGGAGGCAGAAGAGUCACAUGAGGCACAGGAGGCACAGGAGGCAAACGAGGCACACAAGCCACACAAGGCACUGGCUCUCGCGCAGACUGGAGAAGCAGUUGCAGCGAUUGCACCGGUUGCAGCAGUCGCAGCAGUGCGAAAGAAAGUGGAGGGAGCGUUAGGUGGUGGUGGUAGUCUCGGUGGUAGACUUGGUGGCGGUAUUGGUUGUGGUAUUGGUGGCAGUAUUGGUUGUGGUAUUGGUGGCGGUAUUGGUUGUGGUAUUGGUGGCGGUAUUGGUCGUGGUAUUGGUGGCGGUAUUGGUUGUGGUAUUGGCGGUGGUAUUGGUUGUGGUGGGGAGAUAAAGUCGGUGGGAGAGGUGGAUGUGAGGUGUUGUGCCAUGGGGCGGACAGAGCGACAGCUGCAGGCGCAGCAAUGGAAUCAGCAGCAGGUGAAGCAGCAGCAGCUAAAGCAACAACAGGGGGGAAAUGAGGGCAGCGAGGGUAGGAAGGAGGCGAUGCGGGAGGGGAGGAAGGAGAGUGCGAGUGCAAGCUACAGCAACGGCAUCAGUAGCGGCAGCAGCAGCUGCUGCAGGAGGAGCAGCAGGGACAAUAGCAGCAGUGUCAGCAGCUGCAGAAGUGGCAGUGCUACCACCCACUUGGAUGGAGAGGGGAGUAAGGAAGGUUGUUCAGUGGAGAGUGGACGAAUAGGGGGAUGUGGGAACCUGGGUCACUCAGACAUCAGAGGCAGCACCAGCAGCAGCAGCAGCAGCAGCAUCAGCACGAGCACCAGCAUCAGCUGCAGCAGCAGUACUGAAGACAUAGGCAAUGGAAGGAACGGUGCUGCCUGUGCUGGGGAGGGCACCGGUGCUAGAUGUGGGAUGGGUGGUGGCAUGGGGGGUGGUGUGGGUGACGAGGGUUUGAGCAGCAGCAGAGGGACGUGCAGCGGUGACAUGCGCAGCGAUGACUCCCAGGCAGCACAGGCCGGCAGCAGCAGUAGAGACAGCAGCAGCAGCAGUAGCAGCAGCAGCAGCAGCAGCAGGAGGCGCUAUGACCCGUGGGAGUCAGCUACUUCUCGUCUUGCUCCUACCACUGCUGAAACGGGGAGGGUAGCAUGCACCCCGCGGGAGCAAGCGGGUUCCGAAUCGCGGGGAAAGGCACAAGAGGAAGGGCCUAGCCAAGCAGGGAUAAGGGAGGAGACAGGGGAAGAGGACAAGGGACACCAGGCAGAGACGGGGCUUGGACUGGGCGUGGCUGUAUGGGGAUUCGAGAGAGGGAAUGGGGAGGAGGGAGUGGGAACGAGGGAGGUGUGUGAAGAGAGUAGCAGCGGUUCAGAGGAUUGGGAAUCGGAGUACAGUGAGGAGGGAGAGGAGAAAGAGGAGGGAGAGGAUGGAGAGGAGUGGGAAGAGGGAGAGGGAUUGACUGGCUUGGAUGGGAGUGUCUCAGCAGGCAGUUUGGACGGGGUGGAGGCAGCAGUGCCAGGAUCAGGUGCAGAGGCCAUGGCAAAGGGAGUGGCAGCGGGAGGGGGAGGGGGAGUGGCAGGGGGAGUGGCAGGGGAAGUGGGAGUUGCAGGGGGAGUGGCAGGGGAGGGUACAGCAGGCGCGGUGGAGAGGAGGACACAGAUGGGAGUGAGCGUUGGUGAGGCAGGGUUGGCCCAGGAGGGGCUCGUGAUUCUCAUGGACAGUGCAAGUAGCGAUGACCUGCUUGCCCCCCACUGCACUCCCACUGCUGCUCCUGCUCCUCCUGCUGCUGCUGCUGCUGGUGUUGUUGACGAUGAUGGUGCUUGGGGUAAUAGCUGCAGUGGUGGUGGUGGUGCUGCUGCUGCUGCUGCUGCUGCGGUGUUGACCAGGGAAGGGGUGCACGAGAGCAGUGGCGGCACAAGGGAAGUGGAGAGCGAGUCGUUGGAGAGCGAGUCGUUGGAGAGCGAGUCUCUGCUGCUGGCAGAUGGAGUACCUCACAAGGAGGAUGUGCCGUGUGUGCAGCCACUGCUGCUGCCCUUGUCACUGGAGCACCAGGCAGCUGGUAACCAAAGCAAGAUAGGCGAUGUGGGAGAACCAGCAGCAGCAGCAGGAGUAGGAGGAGGAGGGAUGAAGGGAGGAAAUGCAGAACAGCUUGCAUCAAGGCAAGCCCUGCGAAGGCCUUGUACCCGCUUGAAGACACAUCCUGGUCGCCCCCCUCUGCCUCUGGCUGCAUCCUCCCCCCGUGUUGCUUGCAACACACCUCAGCAGGCUACACUGAGGUAGAGCCAGUCAGGGCGGCAUAUGAUUUUCUAGUCUACUAAAAAAUAAUCCCCGGUCGAUGCCCUCUGCCUCUGGCUGCGUCCUCCCCUCGUGUUGCUUGCAACGCGCCUCAGCAGGCUACACUGAGGUAGAGCAAGUCAGGGCCGCUGCUCUAGAACGGUAACGGCUGCUUGUUGUGGCUCACGAGCUGUGAGGAGAACUGCACUCCGCUCAGAGGUGCGCCCGCCCGCCCCACCUGGAGAACACGUGCUCCCGAGUCCCGGCUAGUCCCUCCCAUGGGAAGAGAUGGGAGCUGGUAGAAGGGCUGCUGCUCCUGGAGGGGGCACUCCAGGUGUGCCUGCCCCACUUGGAAUCAUGCUUGGUUACAGAGAACUCACCUCUGCGACUGGUCCCAUGGGAUGGGAACUGGUAGAAGGGCUGCUGGAGGGGGCACCUGCUUAGCAUUGGCAAUCUUUUAUCUGCCACAGCCCCUUGAAUCACACUUACAGCUGUCUUAGUGGCCAUGUGAAUGUGCGAAUGUACAGAAAUGCAAUUG